AUGACUGCAUCCAAGACAUCGCCCUACGUUGAGCAUGGUGAGGGAAAGCCCGCCCUGCGCAUUGCAAUUAUCGGCGCUGGCAUCACAGGCAUCUCGGCCGCCUGCCACAUUCUCGGACUUGGGUUCGAGUGCCACAUCUUCGAGACCGGGUCAGCGAUAGGGGGCAUCUGGCCGCGAGUCAAUCGAUUCUCAAGCCUGCAGAUUCCCUCGGAUUUCUAUCGUUUCCAUCCCGAAGUCGACUGGAAGAGUCCGUACCCGAGGCAGGCGGAGAUUCUUGGGCAGAUACACGGGUUGUGGAACCGGUAUGAGCUUGAGAAGCGAACGACUUUUGGCUGUCGAGUGCAGGGGCUGUAUCGGCGGGAGCAGCGAUGGGUCGUCGAAGACGAGCGAUAUGGUACCUUUGACGGCGUGAUAUGCGCCAUUGGAACCUGCGCAGGACCGUACGCUCCCUACGUUGCAGGCGAAGAUGGGUUUGAAGGGGAGGUCCGGCACUCCUCCAGUCUCGACGGGCUCGUGGUUCGAGACAAGCGGGUCGUCAUUAUCGGCGCGGGGGCGAGCGCUGCAGAGGCGCUCGAGCACGCUUGUGAUAAUGGAGCCGCUUCGGUCAAGGUCUGCGCGAGAUCGAACAGGUGGAUCAUUCCGCGUUGGCGUCUGCUCAACCUGAUCAUGGCAAUGCUGAUUGUCGACCCGUUUGGUCUCUGCGACUCUGCUUUUGAGUACUUCCUCCGGUUCUUCUGCUACCGCAGUGAUCUCCGCCACCUUGCACCCUCUGGUGAAAGAUCGAUGGUGUACAGCAAGACCCCCGUCGUCAACAGUCGAGUGUUCGAGCUGAUGCGUGAAAAGCAUGUUACAUGGAUGAACUGCCGCGUGAAUCGUUUUGAUUCGGACGGGGUGGAAUACGUGCCCUAUGCUGCAACCGACGAAUGCUUACCCAAACCCGUCUUCGAAAAGUGCGACAUCUGUAUCAAGGCGACAGGCUACUAUCGUCCGUCUUUGGAGCUCCUCAGCCCUCACGCCAACGAUUAUACCGCGCCCAACUUCUACCUUCAAGUCUUUCCUCCCGGCAAUCCUACGAUCUUAGCGUUGAAUUCAACUUGGGUUGAUGGUAUCGGAAGCGUAGGUGCGUCGCACAUCGGCAUCUAUGUUCGUCUUUUGCUGGUGUAUCUUGUCGACGCAUCAACACAGCCAGAUAUCGAUGGGAUGAAGAAUUGGAUCCAUUGGACGGGGAGAGGCUGGAAUUCCGCCAAAGGACUGGAAUUCGUGACGACGAUGCAGCUGUAUUUGUGGUUCGUUUUGACGAUUCUGUUCCGGUGGCGCUUGUGGAGAUGGGGUUGGUUCAUUCUUUUUGGUAAUGAGCGUGUUAUACAUUAG